GGGUCGGCCAUCAACUGACCACCUCUUCAUCCUCCUCCUCCUCCCUGAUGCUCAUUAAGACCAACGGACAGGUGUACACCUACCCCGACGGCAAGGCAGGCAUGGAUUUAUCAAGCUGCUUUGCUUAGCAAUCGCAAAAUGGAAACAUUUCUGUCAAGAAAUAAGACGAUGGAGGACACUGCUGCACAAAAAUCUAAGAACUGAAAUUAGAAGGUAUGAGUUGGCAUUUAAUUAUCGGAAAGUGAAUGAAAGUGAUAGAAAACAUUCUGAAAGCUGAUGUUUGUUUGCAUAUUUUGUCUGUGGGGUUCCCCAGCCAGAAGAUAAUGCUGAUUGGAGGCCAUGAUGUGGAAAAGUUUGGGCACCAAUGAGGUAGCGAACCUCAGCAGGUGGUAGUUUUUCUUCGUAGUAGUUUUUCUCUCCGUCGUUGUUCUUUAGCCACCUGUGAGAUGUGCGGGAUGAUCGGGGUCCGGGACGCUUUCUACAGUAAAACCAAGCGUUUCUGCAGUGUCUCCUGCUCUAGGAGCUUCUCCUCCAACUCCAAGAAGGCCAGCAUCCUGGCCAGGCUGCAGGGGAAGCCGCCCACCAAGAAGGCCAAAGUUCUGCAGAAACAGCCUCUGAUGACCAAACUGGCUGCGUACGCCCAGCACCAGUCCAGCCAGCAGGGCGGCGCCAGAAAGAGCGUCUCUGUGGAUGUGUUUGACUGGGGGCGUUACCUUGGAGACGGAGAAGUGACGGGAGCGCCGGUCAGCUCCUUCAAACACGUUCUGAUGGGGAAGUCGUGGGGCAGCGUCGGUGAAGGAGUCCGGGUCGAGGUCCCGAACACCGACAGCGGUCUGCCCAUGAAGGUUUACUGGAUCGCCAGCAUCAUCAAGCUAGCCGGAUUUAAGGCCCUGCUGCGCUAUGAGGGCUUCGACAGCGACUCCACCAGGGACUUCUGGCUGAAUCUAUGCGUGCCGGACAUCCACCCGGUGGGCUGGUGCGCGGCCGGAGGGAAACCUCUGGUUCCUCCUCAGACCAUCCUGCACAGGUUCACCAACUGGAAGACCUUCCUCAUUAAGAGACUGACCGGGUCCAAAACUCUGCCGCCGGACUUCUCAUCGAAGGUGCAGGAGAGCAUGCAGUUCCCCUUCAAGAAGCAGAUGAGGGUGGAGGUGGUGGAUAAGACCCACCUGUGUCGGACUCGGGUGGCUCUGGUGGAGCAGGUGAUCGGCGGGCGGCUGCGCCUCAUCUACGAGGAAUGCGACGACGGGACGGACGACUUCUGGUGCCACAUGUACAGCCCGCUGAUCCACAGCAUCGGCUGGUCCCGCUCCAUCGGACACCGCUUCAAACGAUCAGACGGGAUGAGGAAGCUGGACGGACAGAUGGACGCUCCUGGACAGCUGUUUGCCAAGGUGAAGGAGGUGGAUCAGACCGGACUCUGGUUCCAGGACGGGAUGAAGCUGGAGGCCAUCGACCCGCUGAACCUGUCUGCCAUCUGCGUGGCCACAGUGAGGAAGGUUCUGGCAGACGGAUACCUAAUGAUCGGCAUCGACGGCUCGGAAGCAGCCGAUGGCUCCGACUGGUUCUGUUAUCACUCCACGUCUCCGUCCAUCUUCCCCGCUGGAUUCUGUGAGAUCAAUAACAUCGAGCUGACGCCCCCCAGAGGCUACGCCGGUCUUCCCUUCAGGUGGUUCGAGUAUCUGAAGGAGAGCAAGUCAGUGGCCGCUCCGGUCAACCUCUUCAACAAGGAAGUCCCGAACCACGGUUUCCGUCCUGGGAUGAAGCUGGAGGCCGUGGACCUCAUGGAGCCGCGGCUCGUCUGCGUCGCCACGGUGACCAGGAUCGUCCACCGGCUGCUGCGGAUCCACUUUGACGGCUGGGAAGACGAGUACGACCAGUGGGUGGACUGCGAGUCCCCGGACCUGUACCCGGUGGGCUGGUGCCAGCUGACCGGGUACCAGCUACAGCCGCCGGCCGUUACCGCGGGGUCCAGAGAUCUGCAGUCUGCCGGAUCCAAACAGAGGAGGAAGUCCCAGCAGUACCGAGGACAGAAGAAAAAGAGGAAGUUACCCGUUGCUAAGCGCCCCGUCAGCCUCUCCGGCUCCAUGGUAACAGGAGUUCCCAGGAACCUAUCAGGAGACGAGAACGAGACGCCGCCUGACUACCCGUCGCCGCCCCCUCCGGCCUCGGCCGCCCAGCCGCCGUCCGCCGACCCCGACGCGGAGGGCGGGGCAGGUCUGCAGAUGGAGAUCCACAACAACACAGGAGGAACGAAUUCCUCAUUCCAGCGAGCGGCGUCGGAAACCAACGGGUCGUCCCGAGAUUUCCUGGCCAACAAAGAUCAGUAAACUUUGCAUCUUUACCAUCGAACCAUUUACUGUGAUGAACUAUUAACUGCCGCCUGCUUCACCUCAUUGGUUUCCUUCCACAAACCCUCCGACUUUUUAUUCUUCUGAACCAAAACGUCCUGAGAAAGAAGAAAAUUUAAGCUGAUUGACAUGAUGCAUUCAGGUGCUGUCAGGACAAUGCGUGAAUCUCGUGAAGUGUUAUUUAAAACUUUUUUUUGCCUUUGAUAUUUCCAACAGGAGAGAAAUUUUGAAGGGUAUUCUGGAAAUUACAUCUUUCUUUCCAUAACUUUAAAUUUUGAUAACUGGAUUUACUUUUUGUUAGCUGAUAUUUCACAGAAACUACACUUUAAUAUGAGGCAACUUUUUAACCUGGUAGGAACAGGACAGCUCAAUUAUAACAGGUACUCUGACUGAAAGAGACUUUAUAAUACUAAUGAGUUUUCAGUAGCCAUUAGCUCAUUUUGUAUUUGUCACCUCUAAGCUGUGAGGAGGUAUGAUGUAAGUUUUAGAAAAUAACCCCCUUAGUAACAGAAAGAUAACCUCCAUAUUUCAGAAAAGUACCCCAAAAAGGGGACAUUGCAUCUGCCUUACAGGAAGGUCACUUCAAAGUUACAGGAAGGUAACCACUAAGGUUCAGAAGGUAACAUUUAAGUUAUAGAAAAGUAGCCUUGAAGUUACAAAGUAACUUUUAAAUUAGAAGUAGGUAACCUCAAAGUUACAGGAAGGUAACCUCUAAGGUUGAAGAAGCUAAUUUUUAAGUUAUCAGAGGGGAACUUCUUAGUUACAUUAAUGUAACCUGUAAGGUUCUGAACGAUAGCCUCAAAGGUUCAAAAAGUAACACUGAAGUUACAGAAAAGUAACUUUUAAAUUAGAGGAAGGUAACGUCUAAGUUACAGGAAGAUAAAAUUCAAGUGUAGGACGGUAACCUCUAUGUUGCAGAAAAGUAGCCUCUUAAAUUUGAAAAAAAAAGUAUCAUAUAAAAAGCUGAUAUAUUAACUACGGUUAGAAAAUAUUUAAUAAGUUUUAUGAGAUUCUUUUCUCUUUAAAUUUCUAAAACAAAAGUGAAAAUUAAAAAAUACAAAAAAUAGAAGAAAAUGUUGACAUAAAGCAAAUUUAUCUUUAAAGUUGGAACUUUAAAAAUAUCAAACAUCUCCUGAAAUUCUUCGGAUACCUCAGAAACCAGAAUUUAAAUAAGCUGCAGAACAAAAUGGUUUAAUUUGAUUAAACAGUUUUUAACAAAAAUAUAUUUGAUUUAAGAAGAAAUACUUUAUUCUAACAGUUUAACAAAUUAACAUUUUAUUACCUGUUCGGUCCGUGUGGCGUCCAUGAUAUAAAACAUUAUAAAUGUAAAGUUUGAUGUGUUUUUGAUGGUCAGUGAAGGAAGUUUCUCUGUUUUCAUUCAUGCAGAAGAUGAACUCAAAGUUCAAAAGUUGAAUUCUGCGUCUGUAACGUUAAACGUCGCAUUUUCUAGAAGAAAAUAAAUCUAUUGCAUUUCAUGAAGCUCUGAAGGUUUUAUAGAUUGAAUUAAACUGAUUUUAUGAGA